AUGAGCGCCAAUUUCGAAAAGAUCGCUCACGUUGCUAGAGGGAUGCUGAAGGAUCCCUCCAAAAAGUACAAGCCUUUCCAGGGCGUGCAUUUGCCUAACCGACAAUGGCCUGGCCGUGUUAUUACCAAGGCUCCUCGCUGGCUAUCCACCGAUUUGCGUGAUGGCAACCAAGCUUUGCCUGAUCCCAUGAAUGGCGAGGAAAAGUUAAGGUACUUUAAGCUUCUGUGCAACCUUGGUUUUAAGGAAAUUGAAGUCGGAUUUCCCAGUGCUUCUCAGACAGAUUUCGCUUUUGUUCGCCAUUUGGUUGAAACUCCUGGUUUGAUUCCUGACGACGUCACUAUUUCUGCUUUGUCACCUUCUCGUGAUCAUUUGAUCACUCGUACUAUUGAAGCUCUGCGAGGCUCCAAGAAUGCUACUUUGCAUUUGUACAAUGCUGUCUCACCUUUGUUUCGUGACGUCGUUUUCCGCAACUCAAAGCAAGAAACUUUGGAACUUGCAAAGAAGGGUGCAAAGGCCGUCACGAUGGCUACGAAGCAUGCUGCCGAGUCUACCCCAACGAACUGGGGAUUCCAAUACUCACCUGAAACAUUUUCCGAUGCCGAACCUGAUUUCUCUCUAGAAGUUUGUGAGGCUGUGAAAUCGAUCUGGAAACCCACUCUCGCAAAACCCAUUAUCUUUAACUUGCCUGCUACUGUCGAAAUGUCUACCCCUAAUACAUAUGCCGAUUUAAUUGAAUACUUCUCCACACAGAUCAGCGAGCGUGAAAAGGUUUGCGUAUCUCUUCAUCCCCACAAUGACCGUGGUACUGCUGUAGCUGCUGCCGAACUUGGCCAAUUAGCUGGUGCUGAUCGUGUUGAGGGUUGUUUGUUUGGCAAUGGUGAACGUACCGGUAACGUUGACUUGGUGACCUUGGCAUUCAAUUUGUAUACCCAAGGAGUUUAUCCAAACUUGGACUUUUCCAAGUUGGAUGAAGUAAUUCGCAUCACGGAAGCUUGUAACAAGAUCAACGUCCAUCCUCGUCAUCCUUAUGCUGGUAACCUUGUUUUUACUGCCUUCUCCGGCUCUCAUCAAGACGCUAUUUCCAAGGGUUUGAGAGCUUAUGACGAUCGCAAGGACGUUGACCCUACUUGGAAGGUACCAUACUUACCUUUGGAUCCCCACGACGUGAACUCUGAAUAUGCUGCUAUCAUCCGUGUCAACUCUCAGUCUGGCAAGGGCGGUGUUGCCUAUUUGCUGAAGACCAACCGUGGUCUUGACUUGCCUCGUGCCUUGCAAGUUGAGUUUGGUGCGGUUGUGAAGGAUUAUAGUGACAACAAGGGUAAGGAAUUGACCAUUGGUGAGAUCAGCGACUUGUUCAACACCACUUACCUCCUUGAAUUCCCUGGUCGCUUCUCCUUGAAUGACUAUACCUUGAGCAGCAACGGACCUCGCAGCAAGUCUAUUAGCUGCGUGGUUGAUGUUAAGGGAAAGAAUGCCGGUCGCUGUGUGAUUGAAGGUAGUGGCAACGGUCCGAUGUCUGCAGUUGUGGAUGCCUUGCGUCGCCAAUUCAAUAUUGCAUUUGAUAUUGGACAAUACUCAGAACAUGCUAUUGGAUCUGGAAAUUCAGUUAAGGCAGCUUCUUACGUGGAAGUCAAAUUUAACAACACUUCUUUCUGGGGUGUUGGUAUUGAUGACGACGUUACUUCCUCUGGUUUGAAGGCUGUUAUGUCGGCAAUUAGCCGUGCUGCUACGGAAGGUGCAAAGUAA